AUGAGCGGAGCAUCAGCACCAACAUCGAACUGGGAUGGAGCAGCCAUGACACAGACUGACAUGAUGGAGAAGGACACUGUUUUGGUUUUGGACCAUGACGAUAACUUGAUCGGAUCAGAGUCCAAGCGAGGUUCCCAUGAAUUUAACAAGAAGCAACCCCGUGGUGUUUUGCACAGAGCCUUUUCUGUCUUUAUCUUUGAUGAAUCCACCGGAGAACUACUCUUGCAGCAGAGGGCAUCCACCAAGAUUACCUUCCCCAAUGUUUGGACCAACACUUGCUGUUCGCACCCACUUCAUGGAAUGGAGCCAGCUGAGGUUGACAAACCGGAAGAUGUAGCCAACGGAACCGUCAUGGGUGUCAAGCAUGCCGCCAUUCGCAAACUGUACCAUGAAUUGGGUAUCCCCAGCAGCGAACUGCCCAUUGAAAAUUUCAAGUUCUUGACACGCUUGCAUUAUUGGGCCGCGGAUACCGUCACUCAUGGAGCCAAGAGCCCAUGGGGAGAACACGAGAUUGACUACGUCUUGUUUUUGUGUGUCCCCAACAAGUCGGCCAUCACUGUCAAGCCUCAUCCAGAUGAGGUGGAUGCCAUCAAGUGGGUCACCAAAGACGCCUUGUUGGAAAUGUUCCAAGACAAAUCACUCCUCUUUUCUCCAUGGUUCCGUCUCAUUGCCAAAAAAUGGAUGGUCAACAAAGGAGGUUGGUGGGAAGACCUCAAGGAAACCAUGACCACCGACAAACACUGUGACUUUGACAACAUUCAGCGAUUUGACCCACCCAGUGAACAUUUGGGUGGAGAAGGAGAAGCGGGGCCACUCUUUGACACGGGAGACAAAUCCAAAAAGCAAGGUGCCUACGGAAAGAUCAAGAUUCACACCGAGUCAAAACUGGCGCAGCUCAGCCACUUGGAUGAAGUCUUUGCUGCAUUCACCUUUAUGUAUGUGAAUCCAUUAAAGUCCAACUUGGACACCGAUUAUAUUCGCAAGACCUUUUCACAGGAAGAUUUGGCGUUCUGCGAUGAAGUCUUGGUCAAAGUAUCCCGUAGUUUUGCCGCCGUCAUUCGUCAGCUUCCCAGCGCCAUGUUGGUGGACAUUAUGAUCUUUUACCUGGUUUUGCGAGCAUUGGAUACCGUCGAGGACGACACCACUGCCUUUGAUAGCCACGAAACCAAAAUCAAAGAGCUGAAAACCUUCCGUGAACGCGCAUUGGUCGAUCCUAACUGGAGCAUGGAUGGAGUGGGUGAAGGAGACGAAUUGCUCUUGUUGCAGCAGUUUCCAAAGUGCCACCGUGUCUAUGCUGCGUUAAACCCAAAGUCGCGAGAAAUUAUCGAUGACAUUACCCAAAGAAUGGCAGACGGCAUGGCAGAGUUUGUUGGCAAAGACUUGGGACAAGGAACCAAGGAUAUUUCCGAGUACAACCGAUACUGCCACUUUGUUGCUGGAUUGGUCGGCGAGGGUUUGAGUCGUCUUUUUGCUCAAUCUGGCCUGGAGCAGGAGUCCUUUGGCAAGGAAGUCAAGUUGAGUGAUCAGAUGGGUCUCUUCUUGCAAAAGACAAACAUUAUCCGUGACUACUUGGAGGAUUAUGUGGAUGGACGGGCAUUCUGGCCCCAAAGUGUGUGGAAGAAGUACUCCAAAACAGGAGACCUUGGUUAUUUUGCAAGGCAAACGGACAAAGAUGCCCAGGUCAAGGCUCUGGAAUGCGUGAACGAUCUUGUCACUGAUGCUCUCGAGUUGGUUCCCGAUUGCUUGGUUUACAUGUCCAAACUUCAAUGCGCGGAAAUCUUUAGGUUCUGUGCUAUCCCUCAGGUCAUGGCCAUUGCGACUCUGGACAAAUGCUACGCCAACCCCAAUGUUUUCACAGGAGUUGUCAAAAUCCGCAAGGGAACCUCUUGUAAGCUCAUCCUCCGAACCAACAACCUUGACGAAGUUCACGAAACAUUUUACAUUUUCUCCAAGGCAAUCAUUUCCAAGGCAAAGAAGCAACAAGCUGCCGGAGUCGUCGACCCUUCAUACGCACGCACUAUGAAGGCUUGCGAUACAAUCCUGGAAUGGACUCAAGCUGGUUACAACCGUCAGACCCGGGCCCGACGUGUCCCCUUGAUCCUCAGUGGAGGACUAUUGGCAGCUGCUGGCAUGGUCGCUUUUGGAUCAUCGUCCUCGUCGAGCGACACGAAGGGCGCCAUUGGGGCUGCCUUGGUGGGAACUGCUGGUCUUGUGUACACAUUUGGCUCUAGCGCCCUGCGCUCUGGAUCUGGCUUGAAGACCGCCGAUGAGUUGUCCAAGAAGUAA